GUUAGCAAUCCUGCUCCGUCCUCGCGCACUUGUUGGCACGCCUGGCACGAGGAAAACAAAGCUUGACAAUUAGAGGAAGUUAAAGGUGUCUUCUCCUUCCUGCGCGAUUAAACCUGGAAAAAGGCAGAUAAAAACGGGUUCAUAAGAAAUGAGAGAAGGAUGAGCGACCAGCGCCUACAGGAGACUUGGACCUCCUUUGCACAAACAGAACCUGGAAAUGUCAUAGAGCGACAGAACCGCCUGGAUGAGUUCUUGGGGCUGCUGCUGUCCUCAGCUGAGGAAAAAGUGCCAUUAUCAAAUCUCCUUCAUUUUAGUGAUAUCGGAAGUGUAGUGAGCCUGUUAGGUGGUCAGUUCCUGGCAGAUAUAGAACACAUCUGCCUUGGCUCUGCCAGCUAUGACAGUGAUGCGUCUUCAUCUAGUGCUACAUCUCGUUCUGUAGAAUCAAUAAUAAGUGAUACAUCCCAUGUUAGUGAUGCAUCUGGGGGCUGCAGACCCAGAGUGUCCAAAAAAGCCAGCAAUGGGCGAUCUCCCUUGGUCAGGGAUUGUGUCGAGUCCACAAACAUCCAUGACAUUGGAAACAAGUAUCAGAAAGAUAUUACUGCUCUUAGUGAGACCACAAGAGACCUAAGCAUCAGCACUGAUACCAAGUGUGUGAGUGUAGUGGAAGAUAAUUAUACCUGUACAGAAAUCAGGACAAAAGAAAACAAAGAGUUUACUAAUGGUGGGGAGGAGAGUGAUGUGGUAAAGGAAGACACAUGGGUGAGCAAAGAGCUUCAUGCAGAAAAGUGUCAGAAUGAAUCUCUGUUGAACACAAUGGAACUUAAUGAGGGGUUGGUCCACUCCUCAAGGGAGCAGAGUGAUCCCAUCUUCACCUCCAAUCAAUCAAAUCUCAACUCCAGUCAGUCUGCUCCGGCAUCAACCUCCAGUCACUCUGACCAUGACCUGCAGCCCCCUCAGAAUGCAGCAUCAGAGACUGUUCAGGGGCACGAGGCCCAGAAUGCAGCUACCCUGAAGCGUUAUCUUCUCCAAGGAUGUGGUGCAAAAAUAUUAGUUGUCCUGGAUCAACUCGGCGUCACGAUCAGUAUUUUAAAGGAUGUUGUUGGAGGACAUGUUAGCUACAGUUUUGGGUGUCAUUUCAUCGGGGUCCUUUUCUUCUUUCAAACUGUGAAUGAAAUAUUAUUAGGACUUCAUGACACAUGCAAUUGCAGCACUGAUGCAACUCUUACGUUAUCCAAAGGUAAACUGAUAUCAUACCUUUAUCCGUCCCCAGAAAAUCAUAUUUACAUCAAAUAUUUAGUCCAUGUGUACAUCACUGGCUGA